GUCUUUGAUAUUCUCUGUCAGAUUUGUGAUUUUCGCUUGUGACAUCUUGUCAAGUUUUAUUUAUUUGUUUGUGACGGUGACGGUGAAUUUAUUAUUUUGUUUGAAGCCGAAGUUUGGACUAUGUACCGUGUACUUACAAAUCAGUGUAGAUAAAUAUUUUAUUUAAACUAUUCUUAUCUUUAAAACAGCGCACAAGACGAGUCGAGCGAUACUAGUCCAUUUUAAUUAAACGAUCAGUUGCUCGGAGUACUUUAUUACCGCACACAUGUAUGGACAUUUAUAAUCGUUUGAUCUGAGACUUAAAUUGAAUUUAUUAUUCAAGGUCUCAAUUGCAGUAACUCAUUCGUAAUUUAAAUAAAAAAAAAGUUGUCGUGUCUUCCUAUAUUAUAAUAAGUGCCUAUCCUCGGAUAUCUUGAAACUAUGUGCUAAAAGUUUAUUAAAUACGAAAGAUUUAUUAGUAAAGAGAGUAUCGAUCUGAAAAUUAUUAUAAUUUUUAACAAGGAACCAAAUACAUUCAACAAUGGCGUCUAAGCUGAGAAAUCUAUUCACACAAGUAAUAAGGAAACAAAAAUUCACCCCAUCGUAUAUGGCUGUCGGACGUAAGAGCACCCUCAGUACCGAGAGUAACGUAUUAUCGUCUGUAUAUGACGAUAUACCGAUUUCCAAUGAUACACUAUGCGAUUUUGUUUGGCAAAGAAUGGACAGAUGGCCUGAUAAAACCGCAACUGUAUGUUCAGUUACUGGUCGUGGCUACACUUAUGCACAACUGCACAGGAUUUCCAUGGUCUUUGGCGCCUCUCUGCGAUCGAAAUUGAAAUUGAGAGAGGACGACAAAGUGGCUAUAAUACUGCCCAACGUCCCGGAGUACCCGUGUAUAGUGAUGGGCGCGUUGCAAGCCGGGUGUGUGGUUAGUCCAAUGAAUCCUCUUUAUACGGCCGAGGAACUAAAACGCCAACUGGAGCUGAUAGAUUGCAAACUUGUGGUAUCAUCGAAAAUAUCAUACCCAAACAUAGCACAAGCAUUACAGUCACUGAAAUCGAAGAUUCCAGUCAUAUUAAUUGACAAUGAGGGUCUACCGGAGGGCACCAUCAAGUUUGCCGACUUCGCUGAAGACGUGAAUGCGGAUACUAAUUGUCUGAAGUCGGUCAAGAGAAGUCCCGAUGAUGUUGCGGUCAUACCUUUCUCGAGUGGAACUUCAGGGUUUCCAAAAGGAGUCGUCUUAACCCAUAGAUCUAUGGUGGCUAGUAGCGUUAUGAUUUCCUCACCUGAAAUUAUGGCAAUAGUUGAAACGACUGCGACUCGCCAGUCCGUGUUCGCAGCAGUGAUACCGUUCUUCCACAUAUUCGGUUUCAACAUACUGAUGUUGAGCCAACUCUACCUCGGCUGCAAGCUUGUCACCCUGCCUCAUUUCAAGCCGGAUCUGUUCCUGCAGACGAUCGCCAAAUAUAAGUCCGAUAUCUUAUUCAUGGUGCCACCUAUCGCCGUGUUCCUGGCGCGGCACCCGGCGGUGACGCCGGCGCACCUGCAGUCCGUGCGCUCCAUCAUAUGCGGCGCGGCGCCGCUGUCCCCCGCCGAUGCGGAUGCUAUUGUCGCCAAAAAUAACAACAUAUACUUCAGGCAAGGGUAUGGUCUCACUGAGACGUGCGGUUCCUUCUCGGUGGCCAGAAAGACGGACAGAAACCAUGCGUCCGUUGGCUACGUGCUCUCCAACUGCCAAGCUAAAAUCGCCGACAUGGAAACCCACCAAGCGUUGGGCCCAGGGAAAGAGGGCGAACUCUGGGUACGCGGUCCGAACGUCAUGUCCGGAUAUUACAAGAACGAGGAAGCGACCAAAAGCGAUUUCACGGACGACGGCUGGUACAAGACUGGCGACAUCGCCAAAUACGAUGAAAACAAUUAUUUGUAUGUCACUGAUAGAUUGAAGGAACUUAUUAAGGUCAAAGGUUACCAAGUACCACCAGCGGAAUUGGAGACGGUCAUCAGAACUCAUCCUAAAGUCGCCGACUGCGCGGUUUUGGGCGUCAAAGACCCAGCCACAGGGGAGGCGCCCAAAGCAUUCUUCGUUCCUCAACCGGGUCAAAGUCUGACACCAGAAGAACUGAUGGCAUUCGUCAACAGUAAAGUCACAUCGUACAAACAGAUAAAACAGGCGCAAAUAGUCGACGAAAUACCCAAAAAUCCCGGCGGUAAGAUAUUAAAGAGAGUGCUGAAAGAAAAGUAUUGUUAAGAGAAAUGGAUUUUAUAUUUGUGUACACUAUUUGAUACAAGAUGAAUGACUUGAUAUUGACGGUAAACCGCAAAGAUCUCCUAACUGACACUGACAAAAAUUUACAAAAGAUAGAAAAUAUCCUAAUUUCAAUUUUAUUCCAUACAUAAAUAUAUAUCAGUCACGCUUGUCUCUCAUUAGAGUAAGCAGAAACAAUUGAAUGUCAAAUGCUUUGAUUCAAAACAAAUGCAGAUUCUCCAUUGUGGAUACGAUGGGCAUUUCCAUAAUCCUAAUAGACUUUUCAUGGUUUGUUGAGGUUGAAAGGCUGAUGAUAUUAUAUCCAAUGCCAUAAUACUUUUAUAACGUUUAUGAGUGAACAAACUAAUAUUUUACAGGUUUGUUAAUUCACUAGUGUUCGCCCUUUGGCUCUGCCCAUGUAGAACUAUACACUGUACAAAGUCUUGGUCAGGGCGUUCAUAUAUUUUAUAAACAUAUUUGUAGAAAUGCACUAUUUCGAUCAUGAGUUUAAACUCUCAUACUUGGUCGAUUUUUGGAUGGUUGUGCAUACACGGUCAUCAGUUACGGAGAUUUCAAAUUUGGCCCUUCUUCAGCACGUCGCCUAUUUGGUCGACAUACGUCCGUCUAGGGCGACCCCUACUAACAUCUCCAUCUAUUCGUGCUCGAAAAAUCUCUUUCUUAAAGUGAUGAAACCAUAAAGUAAAAUAGUCGGUUUUAAUAUCUAUUCUCAAUAUAUUGGAUAUACAGAAUUAUUCCUCUAUGGAACAUGAAAUGUGAGAUAUAAAAUUAAUGAGAAAUUUUUUACAAUUAAUGCCAGUUAGAAGGUUUUGGUGGUUAACCGUCCAUAUUGAAACUUGCAUGGAACUUUUUAUAUGUAAAAUUUAAACGCGCAAUUAAAAUCAUAGUUAAGUUACACCCUACAAUAUUAUAUAAGUAUGAAUUUCCUAAGUGUGCCUUUAUUGUAAUGUAUCAAGACUGAGGUGUUUUUUUUAUAAAUAAUAUUUAAUUAUUUUAUAUUCCAUAUUAUUAUAUCAAAUGUUUAGUAAUUUUAUACGAAAAUAUAUUAUCGAAUCUAAUUUAUAUAUCUGUGAAAUGCUGUAUCAUCAUAUCGUCAUAGUCGUAGAAUACUGACGGAUCUGACAAAGAUUACAUAUAAAGAUCCGUCAGUAUUCUACGACUGUGACGAUAUCAGCCA